CUGCGCAGGCGUCUGCCUGUCCUGGCGCUGACGAGCGGCGGAGGCUUGUAGGGGAGAGGCGUAAGCAUGGCGGCCUUCUCGGAAAUGGGUGUUAUGCCAGAGAUAGCUCAAGCUGUAGAGGAGAUGGACUGGCUUCUUCCCACGGAUAUCCAAGCAGAGUCCAUUCCAUUGAUUUUAGGAGGUGGUGAUGUACUUAUGGCUGCAGAAACUGGGAGUGGAAAAACUGGUGCUUUCAGCAUCCCAGUUAUUCAGAUUGUUUAUGAAACUCUGAAGGACCAGCAGGAAGGCAAAAAGGGGAAAACUACUAUAAAAACUGGUGGGGGAGUGCUCAACAAAUGGCAAAUGAAUCCAUAUGAUAGAGGAUCUGCAUUUGCUAUCGGGUCUGAUGGUCUGUGCUGCCAAAGCAGAGAGAUAAAGGAAUGGCAUGGAUGCAGAUCAACUAAAGGCGUGACUAAAGGAAAAUAUUAUUAUGAAGUGUCAUGUCGUGACCAAGGGUUAUGCAGAGUUGGAUGGUCCUCAAUGCAAGCUUCGUUAGAUUUAGGCACAGACAAAUUUGGCUUUGGCUAUGGGGGAACAGGAAAGAAAUCUCAUAACAAACAGUUUGAUAGUUAUGGAGAGGAAUUCACUAUGCAUGACACGAUUGGAUGCUAUGUAGAUCUUGAUAAAGGGCAGAUUGCAUUUUCUAAAAAUGGAAAGGACCUUGGACUGGCAUUUGAGAUCCCACCACACCUAAAAAACCAAGCACUCUUUGCAGCUUGUGUUCUAAAGAAUGCUGAAUUGAAAUUCAACUUUGGUGAAGAAGACUUUAAGUUUCCACCCAAAGAUGGCUACAUUGCUCUUGAUAAGGCUCCUGAGAGUAACUCUGUGAAAUCCCAGCAUACAGGAACUGCACAAGUAGCACAAACAAAACAACUGCCAAAUGCUCCCAAAGCCUUGAUUGUGGAACCAUCCAGAGAACUAGCGGAGCAAACUCUGAACAAUGUGAAACAAUUCAAAAAAUACGUUGAUAAUCCUAAGUUAAGGGAACUCUUAAUUAUUGGUGGUGUUGCUGCAAGAGAGCAACUGUCAGUAUUGGAGCAAGGGGUAGACAUAGUUGUGGGAACUCCUGGAAGAUUGGAUGAUCUUGUGUCAACAGGAAAACUGGUUUUAUCUCAGGUUCGGUUCCUGGUCCUUGAUGAGGCUGACGGCCUCCUUAGCCAAGGCUAUUCAGAUUUCAUUAACAGAAUUCACUCUCAGAUUCCUCAGAUCACAUCUGAUGGAAAGAGGCUCCAGGUAAUUGUGUGCUCAGCAACUCUGCAUUCAUUUGAUGUCAAGAAACUAUCUGAAAAGAUUAUGCACUUCCCCACUUGGGUGGAUUUGAAAGGAGAAGAUUCUGUCCCAGAUACUGUGCACCAUGUUGUUGUUCCUGUAAACCCCAAAACAGACAAACUGUGGGAAAAGCUUGGAAAAAACCAUAUCCGAACUGAUGAAGUGCAUGCAAAAGAUAAUACAAGACCUGGCGCUAAUACUGCAGAAAUGUGGUCAGAAGCUAUUAAGAUUUUGAAAGGAGAAUACACCAUUCGUGCUAUCAAGGAACACAAGAUGGAUCAAGCAAUAAUCUUCUGCAGGACUAAGAUAGAUUGUGAUAACAUGGAGCAAUACUUCAUGCAGCAAGGAGGAGGUCCAGAUAGGAAGGGGCAUCAGUUCUCAUGUGUCUGCCUGCAUGGUGACCGAAAACCACACGAGAGGAAGCAGAAUUUGGAGCGUUUUAAGAAAGGAGAUGUCCGAUUCUUGAUCUGCACUGAUGUAGCUGCUAGAGGAAUUGAUAUCACUGGUGUUCCUUAUGUUAUCAAUGUCACACUUCCGGAUGAAAAACAGAACUACGUUCAUCGGAUUGGCAGAGUGGGAAGAGCGGAACGCAUGGGUUUGGCCGUUUCCUUAGUGGCAACAGAGAAAGAAAAGGUUUGGUAUCAUUCAUGCCCCAGUCGUGGAAAAGGCUGUUAUAAUACAAGGCUGAAGGAUGAGGGCGGUUGCACCAUUUGGUACAAUGAGAUGCAGCUGUUGGGUGAGGUUGAAGAGCACCUGAAUUGUACAAUUUCUCAGAUCGAGCCUGAUAUUAAAGUCCCAGUGGAUGAUUUUGAUGGCAAAGUCACUUAUGGGAAAAGGAGAGCUGCUGGUGGUGGAACUUAUAAAGGCCAUGUAGAUAUCUUGGCACCUACGGUGCAAGAGUUGGCUGCCCUUGAGAAGGAAGCUCAGACAUCUUUCUUGCAUCUUGGCUACCUUCCUAAUCAGCUGUUUCGAACAUUUUGAUGCAUACCUAGGUGCACAGUCUCCAUCCUGAAAAUGAUGAAUUUCUUCUGCAUACUUGGAGAAGUAGGGCGUUUAGGUUAAACACGCCAGUCUUGCAUGUUCAGCAAUCUUUGGUAAAAGUAAACCUUGAUGAAUUAGCUAUUAAUAUUGACGUAAUAAAAUAAACUGCCCAAACCUA